CACAUUUCCCCUGCCAUUCCUCCACCAUGGUAGUGCCACUCAAUUUGGAGCUUGAGAAUCAAUCCUCUUCCUCCACUACCACCACCACCACGACCACCUCCUCUACCUCCUUGAAAAAGAGAAGCUCCAAGAAAAUUCAAGAAAGCAAAAAUGGCAGUGAAAGUAGAAAGAAAGUAAAGACCAACAAUGAAGAUGGAAAGCAUCCGAUGUACAGAGGGGUGAGGAUGCGUCAAUGGGGCAAAUGGGUGUCUGAAAUUCGAGAACCAAGGAAGAAAUCUAGGAUUUGGCUUGGGACAUUUCCCACAGCUGAAAUGGCUGCCCGAGCUCAUGAUGUUGCGGCUCUGACAAUUAAGGGCAAUUCUGCCUACCUCAAUUUCCCCGAGCUAGCUCACGAGCUUCCCCGUCCUGCCAGCGCUGCUCCCAAGGACAUCCAGCAGGCGGCAGCCAAGGCAGCUGCCUUGAGCUACACAAAAGGCCAAGAAACAGGGGAGGAACAGAGUCAAUCCGACCAAACUGUUCCUCUGUCUCCAGUCAGUAGUACUGCUGAAGCGUAUCAGGAACUACGGAACUCACCUAAAGAUGAUGCAUUUAUGGACCUCCCCGAUCUCAUGCUCGAUGUCAAUCAUCAAACUGAUGAAUUCUGGGAUUCAUUGUCUUGGCAGCUCUUUGGAAGUACUGAUGAUUAUUACACAGUUGAUGAUCGUGCUGAAUACGGGUAUCAAGCGCCAUGUAUGUGGGAGUACAGCUAAAUAAAAGUGUAACAAGAACUGUUUUGUUUUUUUGCCCCCUCAAAUUAGGGACAGAAAAGAUCAAAUUCAGACAGUUCAUGUUAGAAAUCAACAGGUUUGGUUCAGAAUCUUUUUGCUCGAAUUUCUAGCUUUGGAUUCCUUGGACUGGCAUAUGUAAAUACCAGAUAAUUGCAGAAGAUUUUUGGUGUAGUAUUUUUUCCUUUUUUCUUUUCUUGGUCAGCUGUAAUUAACUUCGACUCUAAUA